AUGCCGCCCACCACACAUCUCCGAGGCCCACCCGACGAUCCCAAUGCCGAGUGGAUCAUCCAAAAGUACGGCGGUACCAGCGUCGGCAAAUUCCUCGACACCAUCGCAACCCAGAUCGUCCCCUCGUACUUGGCGGGCAACAAGGUCGCCAUCGUCUGCUCAGCUCGCUCCGGACAGACAAAGGCGCUCGGCACGACCAAUCUGCUGCUUCAAGCAGCUGGCGAGGCGCUCGAUGAGGCGCUCACCCCGGCAGCUUCCCUGUCCAAUUCGAUCGCAUCCCUCGCAAACGGCGCACAGACGCCCGCACACCGUCCAGGGUCCGCCUUCUCCCGCAAAUCCAGCUCAAGAGGCACCCCGCUCGGCCGCGUCGAGUCUCUGAGCAGCAACACGCUCGACAACAAGCUCCAACAGCUCAAGCUCAACGGCAACGCCGCCUCCACUUCCGCCCCGACCAAGCAGUCAAAGCCGGCCAAGAGCGAUGCUGGUUCUGAUUCCGAGCCUGAGAUCGCCAUCGGCUUCAAUGCCACCGUCGAUCGCAUCCUCUCUGACCAUAUCGCAUCAGCACGCAAGGCAAUCACCAAGGACAAGCAGCUCCUCGAGCAGAUCGAGAACGACAUCACCGACGACUGCGACCGCUUGCGCGACUUCCUCCUCGCCGCAAAGAUCAUCGAAGAGAUCUCGCCCAAGUCCAAGGAUAUCAUCAUCGGUGUCGGAGAACGUUUGUCGUGCAGAAUUGCCGCCGGUGCUUUGCGCGACGCUGGCGUCGAUGCAGAACUCGUCACGCUCGAGAGCAUCGUAGACCCUUCCUUCUCCGCCCACGCGGUCCAAGAUUCGCAGGGAGAGUUCACCCUUGAUCAGGCUUUCUACGAUUCGCUCAGCGAGGCUCUUGGGGAGCGCCUCAAGGCGUGCACGGGUGUGCCCGUCGUCACCGGCUACUUUGGCAACGUCCCCGGCUCGUUGUUGUCCCAGAUCGGCCGUGGAUACACCGACCUGUGCGCUGCCCUCUGUGCAGUCGGUGUCAACGCCAAAGAGCUUCAGAUCUGGAAGGAGGUUGAUGGAGUCUUCACCGCCGACCCACGCAAAGUGCCCACCGCCCGUCUCAUCCCCGCCAUUACACCGGAGGAAGCUGCCGAGCUCACCUACUACGGAAGCGAAGUCAUCCACCCUUUCACCAUGGAGCAAGCCAUCAAGAAAGCCAUCCCCAUCCGCAUCAAGAACGUUGAGAACCCCACCGGAAUGGGUACCGUCAUCUUCCCCGACGUUCCCGAGGGCCACGAUGGAUCCGAAGACAAGCUCGUUGAUGGUCACGUCGACCAACCUCGACCACCCAUGACACCCUCUGCCAGCAAAUCCAACUUUUCCGCUUGGGGAAGCUCGUCCAACACCCCACCCGCACACCCGGUCAUGGGCGAGCGCAAGCUGCCUACAGCUGUCACCAUCAAGGACAACGUGCUCGUGCUCAACGUCCACUCCAACCGCAAGACCGUCUCCCACGGCUUCUUUGCCAAGAUCUUUGGCACGCUCGACAAGUACGGCGUCGUCGUAGAUCUCAUCUCCACCUCCGAGGUGCAUGUUUCCAUGGCCAUGGCUGCUGGGUUGAGGCCAAGAACGCUCGAGAAGGUCAAGGCCGACCUGCAGAAGGUCGGUACCGUCAGCGUCCUGAGGGACAUGGCUAUCUUGAGCUUGGUGGGCAAGCACAUGCGCAACAUGGUGGGUGUAGCGGGUAGGAUGUUUACCGUGCUGGCUGAAGGAAACGUCAACAUCGAGAUGAUCAGUCAGGGUGCUAGCGAGAUCAACAUCUCGUGCGUACUGCACGAGAAGCUGGCGGUCAAGGCGUUGAACCUCAUCCACUAUAGCGUGUUGGAGGUCAGUCCGAAACCUAGCAACUCGGAAGCUGGCGCUUUUGGAAGGUCGUUUUUCUGA